GGAAAGGGAGCCGCGGCUGGGUGCGGCGCCGAGAGGCUGCGAGCCGGCGGGAGGGCGCCGCCUCCUCCCCCGCCCUCCCUGCUGAGGAUGGAAGUGACGAAAGCUGCCGAGGAGGUCACUUCCUGCUGGGGUGGAUGAGGAGGAGCCGGAGACGCCGCGGAGGAGACCGGACCGAAGACGGACCGUGCCGGGGAGCGCAGGAGGGUGAAAAUGAAAGCAGGCUGUAGCAUCGUGGACAAGCCAGAAGGAGGUGGAGGGUAUCAGUUCCCGGACUGGGCCUAUAAAACAGAGUCGUCCCCUGGCUCCCGGCAGAUCCAGCUGUGGCACUUCAUCCUGGAGCUGCUACAGAAGGAGGAGUUCCGCCACGUCAUCGCCUGGCAGCAGGGAGAGUACGGGGAGUUUGUCAUCAAGGACCCAGACGAGGUGGCCCGCCUCUGGGGCCGCAGGAAAUGCAAGCCACAGAUGAACUAUGACAAGCUGAGCCGGGCCCUCAGAUACUAUUACAACAAGAGGAUCCUUCAUAAAACAAAAGGAAAAAGGUUUACUUAUAAGUUUAACUUCAACAAGCUGGUGAUGCCCAACUACCCCUUCAUCAACAUUCGGUCAAGUGGUGUGGUUCCUCAGAGUGCGCCACCCGUGCCAACAGCCUCUUCCAGGUUCCAUUUCCCACCUCUGGACACCCAUUCUCCAACUAGCGAUGUGCAGCCAGGGCGGUUCUCGGCCAGCUCCCUACCUGCUCCUGGCCAGGAAGCAAGUAAUGGCACUGACAGAAAGGCGGAGCUUUCGGAGCUGGAGGAUGGCUCAGCUGCUGACUGGCGCCGGGGAGUGGAUCUCAUGUCCUCCCGGAAUGCUGUUGGUGGAGGAGGCAUCGGCCACCAGAAACGCAAGCCUGACAUAAUGCUUCCUCUGUUCACCAGGCCAGGGAUGUACCCUGACCCCCACAGUCCCUUUGCUGUCUCUCCCAUCCCUGGCCGCGGAGGUGUCCUUAAUGUCCCCAUUUCACCAGCCCUCUCCCUGACUCCCACCAUCUUCUCCUAUAGCCCCUCCCCAGGCCUGAGCCCCUUCACCAGCAGCAGUUGCUUCUCCUUCAACCCUGAGGAAAUGAAACACUACCUUCAUUCUCAAGCCUGUUCUGUGUUCAACUACCAUCUGAGUCCCCGGACUUUUCCCCGUUACCCAGGGCUCAUGGUUCCGCCGCUGCAGUGCCAGCUGCACCCUGAGGAGUCAGCUCAGUUUUCUAUCAAGUUGCAGCCUCCACCGGUUGGGCGAAAGAACCGGGAGAGGGUCGAGAGCAGCGAGGAUUCAGCACCUGUCACUGUGCCCAACAUGGCUCCUGUCCCCCCGCGAAUUAAGGUGGAACCCACCUCUGAAAAGGAUCCAGAGAGCCUCAGGCAGGCGAGCCAGGAGAAGGAGGAGCACUCUGAAGAAGAGGGCGCUGUGCCAAGCAGGACUAUUGAACAGGAGAAAGGCAGUGUCUUUGCCCGCCCCGCUGCACCACCCAUCUGGCCCUCAGUUCCCAUUAGCGCGCCAAGUGAAGAACCUGUAGAGGUGACUGAAGACAGUGAGGACAGGCCUGGCAAAGAGCCCACUGCACCUGAGAAGAAGGAAGAUGCUCUGAUGCCCCCCAAGCUUCGCUUGAAGCGACGCUGGAAUGACGACCCUGAAGCCCGAGAGCUAAAUAAGAACGGCAAGUUCCUCUGGAGUGGGUCAGGACCCCGGGGCCUGGCAACAGCAGCUGCCGAUGCUUAGAACUGCGAGUGGGUGGGGAGCUGUUUAUACUAUAAUCAAAACACACAUGUAUUUAUGUAGCAAGAUUUCAGGGGUGGGGGUGGGGAGGGAGGGCGUUAGACUGGUUUGAUCAUUCUAGGAGCAUAGACUUGUAUUUUUAUGUUUUGGGGAUGGGAUGGGGUAUCUUCUGUUGUAAAUUAGGUGGGAUACGACACACUUUUUUUUUCCUGGUAGGUAGGACACAGAGAUGGUAUUGAACUGAGAGGAGCAGGGGCCUCUGUUUCCUAUUGAGGCUUACGCUUUCUGACAAGGAGACUCCUGAAGGGCCAAGGUACUUCUUGGUCCCAGGAUAGUUCAGGUUCUAGACUUUUUUAUUGUAUUUAUAUAUGGAAAGCCAUUAAUGAAUUUAUGUUACUCUGAGAGAGAUACACAGAAGGGGAAAGGUCAUUAAUACUAAGUAUUUUGCCUGAAAUGUUUCUUCAUAAUGAUUUCAGGGGAGGAAUAAGAUAAUCUCAGUCUUAUUGGGGCGGGGAAAUGUUCAAAUGUUGCUUUUUUCUUUUCCUCCUCCUCCUGUGUUGUUCUUGUUGUCGUUUGGUAUUUUGUUUUCCUUUUUAAAAAAAUGAUUUCAGGAAGCAUGAGCCUACUGCCAGUUAGAGCAGGGCUGGGAAGGCACAGGAGCUGGCCACUUCUCAGCUGCUGGGUUGAGACAGGAAGCCCUGCUGUGAGUUCCUUGGACUUUUCGCCUACUUCACCUAUUAAGAAGCCAUGAGGAGUUGUAAACUCUUGUUCAGGGAAGAAAGAAGAGGGCAGGAGGAAGUAACCCAAUGCCUUUAAGAAGACAAAACAGAACAAAAAUGAUCUUCACUUUUCCUUUUCCAUUAUGGGUUUGGGGAGCCAAACCGAAGUGUGCCUGUGAGCAAGUUCACCGAGAGGCAUGACAGCAUUGUUGGAGAUGUCUUUGCGUUGUAUCUGGUCCUCUAAGCAUUUUCUUAAGUCAAGCCUUAACUAUGAACGUACUUUAAAUGAUACGGGUCCGUCAGCAUAAACCUGUAAAGGGGCAUGGACAGUUUUUCAGUUAAUCCAGGAAUGUUGAAACAUGGUUAAAUUUCUGGCUGAUAUUUAGUCAUUCCCUCUUGACAAUACUGGGACAGGCAGCAAAAAGGCAGGAUCGUAGGCGUUUAAGGGCAGAUGAUACCUGGAAACACAGAAGGUAGCUGGGGGUACAAGUGGAUGUUUGCUGAGACUGAAGGAAGAGGGGAGAGAAGACACAGAAGGCAACCAGAUGCUCAAAGGCCUGGGGUGGUUAGAAGAGCUGGUGUCUUGUUGCCAUUCUUGCCAUACCCCUUGGUCUAGGCUGUUGAGUCUGUGAACGAGUGUCCUCCAUGAGACGUCAGUUUAUGGUGAGGAAUUGUUUCUUCACAGGACAUUCACUUCUAAAACUUUAAAGAAACGGGAAAGUAUUCAUCUUACAUGAAGCAAAAGGGGCCUGGACUAGGGGCAGAGAGAAGGAAGCAGUAGCCACCCUUCUGUGUGUUCACACAUGUACCUGUGUAGUAUGUGUAAAUACUUGACUGGCUCAGAUCCACCUGGUGGCAGGGCAGCAGGGAGAGAAGAAAGAGCUCCAUGUAUCUGCUGAGGGUAAGGGGCAGCAUGGGAUUGGUGUCUAAGAAGUUAAGAAAUUCUUGACUCCACCUUUGCGUAAGUGAACUCCAUAUACUAAGUCGUAUUUGAGAGUUGAGAUUUAUGGUGGAGGGUGUGGUUUUUUUUGUAAAUUGGAGUAAACGUGUAAGAGGGGUCUCAGCAAAGGUUAGAACAGGUGAGUGAAACUUUAGAUGGCCUGGGAUGUCUUGAGUCCAUCAUACUAUUUCUUGGCAAGUUUGAUACUAUUUCUUCCCUUGUUUGAUUUACAUUCUGCGAGUAACUUGUCUUUCCGCAGGAAAGGGACUGGGAAAGUGACCCCUAGCAACUCAGGCUUUGGUUGGCCUGCAGAGGGUCACCUGUCGGGGCUGCCUUUGGUGAUUCUGUUUUUGUCAGCUUCUUUCUCUGUACCUCGACUUACCUCUGAAACAGAAAGCAAGCCUGGCAGGUGGAGGAGGGCUGUCUGCUUGGCAUUGCCUGAUGUAACCAGGGAGGCUGGCUGGCCACCCACUGUCCACAAAGAGGGAAGGCCAGCAGGUGUCAGUCUGAACUCAGGAAUAGAAACACGAGGCCUUUACAAUAAAGAGAGGAAGAAAAAUCCAUGAUGCAUACCUGUAACCCCCUAGAACCCAAGUGCCAGAUUCAUUCCUAGAUGCUGCUUGUUUGAACAAAAAGUCACUGCUUUUACACUUGAAAAAACACACUCAAAAAAUGUUCAACUCCAUGAAAAAUGUUUUUUGGCUUUACAAAACUGUUCCGUGUUUUACUGUUUCCUUUGAUUGCCAUUCCACCAGAAAAUUGUGGGUUGAUUUGCACUGCACACUGGGGUUGGGGUUGGGGAGGGUGGUCUUUAUACAGAGCCGAUCUUGUGCUUGCUCAGGAAGUAAGCCAGGGAAUGUGGACACCAUUGAUAGUUUCUGGGGCAAGGGAGUGACAUUUUUUUCUCCCCGCGUCCCAGCCCACUCCUGGCAGCACCUGUCACCAGCCUGGUACAGAGCCAGGCCUUUCUGUUCUGUGAGAAUCUCAUCACUGUCCAACAGCAGGUGGAAAAGGGGGGCUAAAACCCAGACCUAGUUCCUCUCCCCCAUUUUUUCCACAUUUUGCUGUGCCAAAUGUUAAAAAUUUGCAAACACAAGUCUGUUGAAGUUUAAUUAAUCAAGAACUUGUUCAUACAAAGUUUGCUUUUUUAGCUAUAGAAAAGGAAAUAGUAGGGACCUCUUACGAGCAUCCAGCCUUGCUGAGCUGACCUUUUUCUGAAGACUGGAUAGGAGUGAAAUGUAAACAGUUCACCAAGUCUUUUCCCCCAGAUUUUCAAGCUGUGCUGUGUUAAACCCACCUCAUUAAUAAUGGAAUUAUUGGACCCUAGUGACCCAUGGGCCAAGAAACUUCCAGAAGCAUUAAAUAAAAUAGUUGAAAUCUAUCACUUCUCACCAAGUGGGUAGAGUCAGUUGGCUGUUUGUCCCUUGUUUUUUAUUUAUUCUGUAAUUAUAUUUGUGCUUUUUGUUCUGUAAACAGUAAUGGAACAUACAUUCUUAGGUUGUUUUAAAGAAAACUUUAUUCAAUCUCUCAAGAAUUGUUCCAUUUUUAGUUUCUUCUUGGGGAAAAAAAGUUAAUUUGUUUUAAAAUAUUUAGAUAUUUUUUAGAGUUAUAAAAUUGUGAUGCAGGGAUUUGUGAAUGAGACAUUCACAUGUGAAAGAUGAUUUCACUAGUUAUCCGCUUAAGCAGAAUAAAAUGUGUAUAUGUACAUAAAAUGUAAGUAAUCUUAACUCCAUUGUGCAGUGCCUUUUAGAUGUUCCGCUUUCUAUAAAGUCUUCAAAUUUUUGCAUAUAUAUUAUAUAUAUAUGAUGUAAUGUUAUAGAAAUAUAUGUAUAAUAUACAUAUUUUUUCCAGGGGUAUCUGAUAGCUCUGUAUUUUGUUAUGGAAGUUGAAAGAAAAAAGUAUUU